AUGAAGCUUGUUAUUAUUCCCCUCACCGAAGAUGACGUUCCUGGUUGUGACUGUUUCGCACCUGCCCAUAGCUUUAAGGCAGAUUGGUGUCUUGACUUGUAUGGAUACCUUAGUGCCGAGCAACUCAAAAGUCAACUAUCGCAAAUUAAUAACUACAUUAAAGCCUACCCUUUGUUAAGUGCAAAGUCAAAGAAAUGUCUUACAUACGUUCUCGGAGGAAUGUUCGUGACCAUCAUCUUUCUUCUUGUUAUGGCUACAUUUACCACAAUGUUUAAACAAGGAGGCGGCGGAAUAAAUAUUACUCUCAUCUGUUUUAUCCUCCAAUUCUUGGUUGGUGUCGCGCUUUUGGCGGGACGAAAAAUAGUCGAUAACAUGGCAAAGAAUCGCGCCGAAGCAUUUACUCAGGCUAUGCAACCUCUGCUCGAUCAAUUCAAUCUAACGGCAUACCCAACUGCUAAUUGGAAGCUUGUAUGGCGUGAAACUCUCACCCAUUAUAGCAUAAAAGUGGACUCGAACGGUAAAGGAAAGGCCACGCCAAAAUACGCCGAGUAUGCAGAGAUAAUAAUCGAACUUCAUGAUGGACUCUCUGCUCGUACUGCUCACACUAUUAAUAUAAACCUCCCCACUGCAGUUCCUGCUACCCAGUCUUCUCCAAUCUUUGCUGUGGCAUGA